GCACGUGCCCACUAAACCAAUGCGGCAUCAUGCGCCGUUAUUUCAUCAAACCGUGUCAGGCAGUCGUUCCGUGCCUUGACACAUUACGCAAUGUCUAACAAUUGAGACACCAGAACCGAUCCUGCAGUUCCUGUACUAUUUCUGACCCUGCGAGAUGCUGCGCGCGACGGCGACGAUGGGAGUUAUGGCGGCGGCGGCCGUAAAAGCGGCACCGGAGCCCCCAAAACAGGACUGCAGCCUCGUCUGCCGGCCCAGUGAGCUGCCCAUCUAUGGCACGCUGCGCAAGACACAACCGAAAGUGGAUCGCCAUCGCGACGAGACUCAGGACUCGGCGCUGCACCGCAACCUGGAGAGCGGAGUGCGAUACGUGCGGGAGGAGCUGCAAUCCGGAUACAACUCUGUUGCUGGGCAGGCCGGCGUCGUGGGCCAGUACUGGGAGACGGCUAAGGAGCACACUCGCCACACCAUCGACACAUUGAAUGAACCACAAAACUCCCUUCAUCGCAGCGGUGCUAUCGUGGUGGGCGGUCUGGCUGGAUUCAUCUUCGCCGCCCGCGGUGGCUUCAUCAAAAAGGUGGUCUAUACCGGCAUCGGUGCUAGUGCGGUGGCCUCUCUCUGCUACCCCCGACAAGCUGAGGAGAACUGCCGUGUGGUCCUGUACGAAGGUCGCAAGAUUUUCGCCGUGGCCUACAACUUUGUCAAGGGCGUGAAGCCCGGCGAGGAGGCCAUCGAUCCUAUUCAAAAGUUCCCCACCUCGCUGGAAGACCUCAAGUAUUUGGCCAGCGACCUAUACGAGGAAGCCAAAGACCUAAUCUUCCCCAAGAAGAAGUAAUUCCCCGAGGCAUCCAACUCAUCCUCACCCGACUAUCCGAUUCGGCCGUCAUGUGUGCAACGAUCCAAGCCCCAGUGCUUGGAUUCUUUUCGAAAUUGUGAAACAAAAGAAACAGAAGUUUAAUUAUGUAUGUUGUACUUGUUGCCACAUCUAUGGCAUUAAAGUUGAUAAAGUGAAAUU